AUGGAGUUAACAACAGAGGAGGCACAGUCUCGUGUUGCUUUAUUAGGGGCACAUACAAAAUCUUUAUCAACAUUUUUCGAGGAAUUCACCAGUCCACUUAAUUUACAAGAUGAAGAUGGAGAUUAUAAACCUUUUGGCGAUAAAAAAUAUAAAAACCAAUUGCAAAUGAUUAAAAAUGAUUCCUCUAAAGUUUUGAAAGUUUACAUGGACGAUGUCAGACAAUAUUUUUUGAAGGAGAACCAUGAUAAGGAUUUUUAUGAAGGACUAAUGAUGAACACGUACCGUUACCUUGAACUACUGUACAUUGCGUCUGAGAUGGUUUUAGAAAAACUUACAAAAGACGAAAAUUAUCCAAAAUUUGGAUUAUAUUAUGAUCCAAUUGAUGAAUUGAGAGUAUCAAGAAUGAAACAAAAUAAAUUGCCAAUUAACUUGAGAUCCAACUAUGAUAUAUUAUUGGUAAAUGGAAAUGAUGAUUAUAUAAUGAAGAUGAAAUACGUUAACGCCGAUUUUGUGGGCUGCUUGGUAUUGAUUGAAGUUGACGUGUUUAAAGUGGCUAACAUUUCACCAAAAUUAUUGAUUGCAACAUAUGAAUGCGAUAUUUGCCAUAACCACUCCUACAAAACUAUUGAGGGAAAUAAUUAUAUGCCAUUGAUGGACUGCGUGAAUUGUGUGAGCACAAGGAACGUUAAAUCGUCAUUAAAAUUUCAUCCAAAAUUAAGCAAGUUUGAAAAGUAUCAAGAAAUCAGAGUCCAAGAACCGCUCGUGCACCUGAACGAAGGAGAAAUGCCGAAAAAUCUCAAAUGCCAGCUCACCAAUUCAUUGGUUGGGUUAUUGAGGCCCGGUGAUAACAUUUUACUGUAUGGUAUACUAUUGCCCAUGUUUAAGGAGGGUUUUAACAAUAAUAAGUUUACACUGUUGUCCGAUAAGGUCUUCAAAAUCCUCAACAUCACACAUUUAAAAAGGGAUUUUAAACUUUAUAAACAACUAAGCAAUAAUUAUUUCCAAGUGUAUGACUGGCAUACACCCAUGAUUGGGAUAUAUACAACUCUAACGCUGAAAAUAACUCAUUAUUGUAGGAAAAUGGAAGAAUUGAGUAGGACGCCAAAUGUAUAUGAAAUACUAUCAAAUAGUAUAGCGCCAGACAUUUAUGGACAUCAAGAUAUCAAAAAAGCUUUAUUGCUACAACUUAUUGGAGGAUGUAAUGUGGUGAAGAAGGAUGGAGGAUUUAUUAGGGGAAAUAUUCACAUAUUGCUAUUGGGGGAUCCUGGAGUAGCAAAGAGCCAAUUGAUGAAGAGAAUAUGCCAGAUAUCAACAAGGGCCAUAUAUACGACUGGUAAAGGAAGCUCCUCUUCCGGUCUCACUGCAGCCAUUGUUAAAGAUCCCGUUACAGGUGAUAGUGUGUUGGAGGGAGGUGCACUAGUGUUGGCGAAUAAUGGUGUGUGUUGUAUAGACGAGUUCGACAAGAUGGACGAUGAGGAUAGGAGUGCGAUUUAUGAAGUUAUGGAACAACAGAAAGUUUCAGUGGCAAAAGCAGGUCAUGUGACAACUUUGGCAGCAAACUCGUCAGUGUUGGCAGCUGCAAAUCCCUUGUCUGGCGUUUAUGACAUUAACAAGUCGGUUUUCAUUAAUAUUAACUUGCCGCACGCCCUUCUCUCAAGGUUUGACCUACAGUUCCUACUUCUCGAUAAUAUCAACUAUAACAACGACUACAAAUUGUCACAAUAUAAACUCAAUAACACAAUUAACACUUAUGGGACCAGUACUGUUAGUGAAGAAAAUACUAAUACUAUGACUAAUGCCACCAAUACUCCUAAUACUCGUACUACUAAUAGUACUAAUACUAAUAGUAACACUGGUGCUAAGGAUAAGAGAAAAAGAAAUGAUAAGUCUGCGGGAUCAAAAAAUAAAUCAAAUAAUACAACUGACUCCGUAAAUAACGGAGUGAGCAGAGGAUUACAAUCAGAUACAAUAGUCAACCCAGUGGCAAGCGAUGAUAUACUAAUGGAAUUGAGUAAAUGGUACAUCAAUAACAGACAAGACGAACUGCAACAAGAACUUUAUCAAAAUUAUCAAUAUUCAUACACUACGCCAAGAACUAUUCUGUCCAUUCUAAGAUUAGCACAAGCAUUGGCGAGGAUGAGAUUCAGUAAUGACAUUAACAUGUCAGAUUUGGAAGAGUCAAUUAGAUUAACUGAGAGUAUGAAGCAUACCAUCAACUAUGAGCUUCUACAACAAAAACAUAAAAGAAAAGUUACCACCUCCUCCAACAUUAUGUACAUCAUCAAAAACUUGAGGAAUAAUUUGAAGAACACAAAGGAGAAUUGGGACGGUUGGAUAAAUAUAAACGAUGUCGAGCAGCAGUUACUGUCCAAUGGCUACAAAACAAAAGAUUUAAACGAUUUUAUAAGCAAAUAUUCACAACUAGCAAUCAUACUACUCAACAGCAACAGCACACAACUAUCAUUUCCACAAGACAUAAUAUGA